AUGUACAACGAUACGCGAUAUAUUGGCAGUUCCUCCUCCACUUCAUCCAUUGAUUCCACGACAAUUAGUGGACCGUAUCGUGUGGGUAAUUCAGACGGAGAUACGUGCUCGUACCGUGCACCAAUGCCAGGAGAGUCCUGUCGGCAGCCGCGUACGUGUUACGAGUGUCUGAAUUUGAACGUUGUGGGAAUGAGCGCUGGUUGUUUGUUGGCACCCUCGGGCUUUUGUGAAGACAUGUCGAGCUACGAGACCACUUUAGACUUUCGCCGCAAUACAACGGGUGAGGAUAUGAGUCUCACGGGAUGGUAUAACUAUUUUCCAUCAAUUAAUACUACCUAUUGCGAAUCGUCAGACAAGGCAUGUAUGCUUUGCGAUGAACUUGUGAACAAUGGCAGCUUGAGUCAGACUUCGCACUGGAACUUACGGACGAAGAACGUUUCGACAGUAAUAGAGCGGCAAUUUUGUCGAGGGGAUAGCGGAUGCGUCUGCAUCAUGGCUUGCGAAGCGAUCCAUUGGAAGGCCAACAUGCCGGCGGAAUGCGACACCAGCAGAAGUGCGUCGGACGACAACAAUGCGUCGUCAGCAGACGCAAUAAGUUACAGCUCUAUGUUGAUAUUCUAUCUCGUGCUACAGGUUGUUCUGCUAGCGGUGUCUAUGUACAAACGGGGACUUUGCAGACGAACAGCUUCACCACCGCGUCCAAGACCUGAAGGCCCGUACAACAAUGUAAACGCUAUUUCAUCACCGUCGAAUCGAUUGCGGCUUUCAGGGUGGAGGAAAAUGCAAAACUCAUUGAUUGAGCGCGAAAAAAUGCAGGUUGCUAAUCAAGAGCCGCAGUACAUGUCAUCACCUCGAGUUGAAGCGGCAAAUAUUCUGAAUGAAGCUGACACAUUGGCACAGCCACUGUCGUCUCCAAUAUCAGCUCGGAAUAGUGAGACGGUAGAAGCAGCGUACAUGCAGGUGAAAGAUGAUUCCAGGAGACAGCGAAACAACAGUGUCUCCGGUACUCAUCAAGCAGCAAGUGUUGAUAGUGAUGUUGUUGUGGUUGAUGGACCUUGUGACGAGACGAUGUCAGGUACAGGAAUUUCACGAAGUGAGCGCACGUUGUCCUUCGUUGCAAUGCUUGAAUCUCGCCGCCACGCCGCAUAG